AUGGAGGAUGGCAGCAAGGACGCCGGCGGCACCAAGUACCGCGGCGUCCGGAAGCGCCCCUGGGGCAAGUUCGCAGCGGAGAUCCGCGACCCGGAGCGCGGCGGGGCCCGGGUCUGGCUCGGCACGUUCGACACGGCCGAGGAGGCCGCGCGGGCGUACGACCGGGCGGCGCUCGACCAGCGCGGCGCCGCCGCGGUGCUCAACUUCCCCGGCGAGGCCGCCGCGGGCGGGGCGACGAGCAGGGGCGGCGGCGGGUCGUCGUCUUCACCGUCGCCGUCUACCGCCCCCGCCCCCGCCGGCGCCUCGUCGAGGGGGAGGGGGAGGGCCCGCGGGGACGCGGAGAAGAUCGAGCUCGAGUGCCUGGACGACAAGAUCCUCGACGACCUCCUCGACGACGGAAAGUACGGCCGCAAGUGAGGGGCGUGCCCGUGCCCGUGCAUGUGCAUGUGCAUGUGCUUGCAUGCAUGCAUGCCGGAGCUCAUGAUGAGGGAACGACCUAUAAUUUGAAUUUAAUC